AGGUGCGAGGAGGCGUGCGGGCGGUUUUCGGAAGGCGCUACUUUAUUGCUGCCGGGGAAUUCAAUGGCCGGGCUGGUUCUUUCGAAUUCCUUCUGCUCCUCCUUUGUUAGCGUUUUCCCCGCGAGUCCCGUAUUCCUUCAGCUUUGCUGAAAAGCGGAGCUGUCAGAAAGAUGACUUUGUUUCACACGAUGCUUCUCCAGAGCAGCAUUGCUUUGUUUAAGCUCCCGUAAGCCAUUUAUCGUACAAGUGCCGUCACGUUUUAAUGAGCUAUGAAAUCUGCUGCUUUUCACGGCUGAAAGGCAGUGGCACAUCGCCUCUGGUCCUUGCCCUUGCCUGGGGAACCGGAGCAGGCGGUCUGGGAGAAUGCUAACCACUGGUCCCUAGCAGCGUAUUCUGAUUUCUGAUCACUUAUAUUAAAGAAAAAUACUCAGUUCAGAGAGAGAACAAGGCUGCGUGAAAGUAAAGGAUACCAUACCCCAUCUUAAAAAAAGAGAAGAUCAAGUCUGGAGUUUCUCUGACUUCGUCUGAAAUUGUAGGCAUGAUCAAUUUGUUUAAGAAACCUUACAAGAAAAAAGCAGGCAAAUUCCAGCCUUUCAAGAAGCUCUUUGGUAAGAGGAAGAAAAGAGAGCCUGCAUCAGACUGCGAGGAAGCCAAACUAAAGCCCAGCCACUCCUUUGGCAACGUCUGCAACGGCACCUUCUCCUCCGAUGAAGAGCCAAACGGUGGUCUGAGGUCCUCCCACUAUUCUAUGGGCAGUCGAGCUUUUUCCCAUGACAGUAUUUUUAUACCUGAUGGGAGAACAGAGGGUGAACAGGCCGUCCAAGCAAUGUCACAGGAGAACGUUUUAGGAAAAGUCAAAACUCUUCAGCAACAGUUGGCCAAGAAUAUAAAAUUUGGGCAGCCUCCACAAAUGACAGUUUCUGUGAGGACAAUGGGGGAGGCAAAUGCUGGUAUAGAAGAGGAUGUGUUGCUCAGUAGCCCCAUGGAGAUUGAGACUCAGCAGGACACAGUGAUCUCAGACAGUGGUAAUAAACCCACUGACACCCCAGAUCUGUUGAGAACAAUGACUUUGCCUGGAACAGGAUAUGAGGUGGAAGAAAAGGUCACUCCAAUCAAAUCAUCUCGGCCAAAAAGACAAUUUUCCUGUUCUGGCACAAUUGAAACAAUCAAUUUGGAUGCAGUUCCCCAGGCUGUUGCUCGUCUAGACAACAGUGCGGCUAAACACAAACUGUCAGUGAAGCCAAAAAAGCAGAGGAUGUCAAGGAACCACAAAAGACUAACAAAGGGGUCACAAAGUUUAACAAUAACAGAAUUUGAGCCAGAGGACCUAGAAACUCAGCUGUAUGGGGAUGGAUACCCAGGUUAUAAUGGACACAUCAUAGCAGACAAGCUAAUCCAGAACAGAGAUGAGAAGAAACAGGUUCAGCUGGCAGAGCAGAAAAGAAUUGAAGACCACUGGGGGGUCAUUGAGGCUGAAAGGAUAAGGCAGAUUGUAGAAAUGGAAGAACAAAGAGAAAUGGAAGAACAAAGGUGCCAAGAACUUGAGCAGAUGCAAAAAGAACAGGAGAGAAGGCGUUGUGAAGAAGAGAGGAGGCAGUAUCUCCUUGAAGGAGAGACAUCUUUGAAAAUAGAAGAGCAAACAUGCCAUAAAGAGGAGAGGAGACUGCUGGAGGCUGAAAAGAGGCAAGAGCUGGAGAAGCAGAGGCAGAAGGAGCUGGAGGAGCAACAGGGACGAGAGCUGGAGGAGCAGAAGCGCCAGGAACAGGAGGAGCAACAGAGACGAAAGCUGGAGGAGCAAAAGCUCCAGGAACAGGAGGAGCAACAGAGACGAGAGCUGGAAGAGCAGGAGCAACAGAGACGAAAGCUGGAAGAGCAGAAGCUCCAGGAACGGGAGGAGCAACAGAGACGAGACCUGGAAGAGCAGAAGCAUCAGGAACGGGAGGAGCAACAGAGACAAGAGCUGGAGGAGCAGAAGCAUCAGGAAUGGGAAGAGCAGAGGUGCAAGAAUCUGCAAGAGAAACAGAGAUGGGAGUUGGAGGAGCAGAAGAGGAGGCUAGAGCUGGAAGAAUUAAGGCAACAUGAUAUCAAAAAACAGUGUCAAGAGGAAGAAGAAAGAAAUUGGCUGGAGGAACAAGAAGAACUCAAGGAACAAAAUAAGGAAGAAAAACAGGGACGAGAGGUAGAAGACAAAGAGCUUCAAGAAGCUGAAAUAAAACUGAAGCAGGAGAAAGAAGAUGGGAGCCUCAAACAACAGAAGAAACAGGAGGAACAAAGGCAGCAUUUGAAGGAGAAAGAAGAAAAGACAGAGAUGGAACAACCCCAGCAAGUAAUGGAUAAGAAAAAGAAACGGGAAGAGCAGAGAAAACACAAGCUCACAAAACAAAUGCACAUGGAAAGUGCAGAGGGUGUGCAACAAGAUGAACUGAAGCAGCAAAAGGAACAAAAUGAACAAGAAUGGAACAAGCUGGAAGAGCAUAAGAUAGACACAGAAGGAAAAAGUCAUCAGCAAAACCAACAAGAAAAAUCCUUGGAACAGCAACAGGACAAGGAUCAGUUUUGUUCUGGAGGGACUGACAGUCAUCCAGUAGAGGAGAAGCUCCAAGAAGGAUCAAGAUCCCCAAAACUCAAACAGCCAGAAAAAAGGACUAAAACAGCAGAAGAAGUCCUAGCCCAGAAACUGAAGAGAGAAGUUGAGGCUCAGGAACAAAAGCGAAUAGGGGAAGAACUUAGGUGGCAAGAGGUAGAUGAAAGACAAAUGGCAUCCAGACCCUUCACAUUUCAAGUGUCUUCUGGAGAUAAACAGAUCAUAUUUCAGAAAGUAAAUCUGAGCCCAGUCCUGCCCAUGAAAGCAGCAGGACUCUCUUCUCCAUCCAUCAAAGACUGCAGGAUGCACGCCUCCAGCAAGGGCUCUCAUACACUCCCAUCAUCUGUGUGCGUACCCCAUACAGCUAUUUUGGUUACUGGAGCACAGCUGUGUGGCACAGCCGUUAACUUGAACCAGAUAAAGGACACAGCUUGUAAAUCACUACUUGGCUUAACAGAAGAGAGAAAAAAUGUGGAUAUUCCUUCACCAGAGAAGGCCCAGAAAAAAACCCAGGAUCCCAAACCCAGCAGCAGUAAAAUGAAAUAUGCACAAGAGACAUUGAACAACCAGGCCGUACUAGCUGAGUGGGCUUCUAUCCGUUCCAGGAUCCUAAAGAAUGCAGAAAACAGCAAAUAUAACGAGAAAGACCGAGUAAGUGUCUGCAGACACAGUGACGACUGGACACCCCGAGGACGGGGUGCUCCCCAUGGUAACUUGAGGAAAACCCUCUCUGCAAAUGCAAAGUUCUCGAUAACACCAGCAUGGCAGAAAUUUUCAGAAGCUUCAAAAAACAGUUCAGAUGCUGAGAAUGUAAGUGCGGCAAAAGGCAAUGAAACAGUGGCCAUAGGAAGAACCACUGGCUCAUCUGCUGAUUUGAAGGAGGAUGUGGCUUCUACUUUUAAGGAUAACUUAGCUGAAAAGGCUAAGGAGAAAAUGGAAACCCAUAGUGAAAUGCCAGACAACACAGAAGGCUGUAAAUUUGCAAAAGAUCUUCCAUCUUUCCUUGUUCCGAGUUUUCCUCAUUCUCCAGGUAAAGAAUUACCCCAUGCAGAACUUCCUGGUGCUCUGGAAAAUCAGCAGAAUAACAGCACAAAAAAAGCAGAUAAACCAGCACCAAAUGGAGAAGAAAAUGUUUCUCCUUUUGGGAUAAAGUUACGAAGGACAAACUACUCUUUACGUUUCCAUUAUGAUCAACAGGCAGAGCAAAGGAAAAAGAAAAGGUACAGUGCAGGGGAUAGUUUCGAUGGUGUGCCUGACCCACUAGUUACAGCAGAAGGUGAAAAAGAAUCCUCUGGUUUUGCUCCACAAGAGAGUACAUCCCCUGGCAUGGGGAGAGCGAAUGUCCCUGGUAUUUUAAAAGACUCAAAAGACUCUUCGAUUACUGUGAUGGAGACUUCGCUACCAGCCACCAGCCAGAGUACUUCACCGCCUCCUGAGAAACCAACAUGCAAGUCACCGGUUCCACAGAAACCUGCUUUAGCUCCAAAGCCCACCAGCCAGACACCACCAUCGUCUCCUCUCUCUAAAAUGAACAGAUCAAACCUAGCUGACACGCUAGGGCAAAGGUUGGUUAAAGCUGAAUCAGAUGGUGGCUGGAGAAAAGAAGACAGAGCAAAUGCAGUGCACCCCACACCAUCCAGUGACUACAAACAUGAAGAGGAAGAAGUCAGAGAAAAGAAGUCAUUUUUCCCAUCUAUAAGUAUUCCAUGGAGGGAAAAAAAUGACAAAAAGCCUGAGCCACUGAAGAAAGAAAAACCAGUCCUCCAGAGCAGGCACUCUUUAGAUGGCUCUAAGUUGAUGGAAAAAGUUGAAACAUCACAACCACUGUGGAUUACAUUAGCACUGCAAAAGCAAAAGGGAUUUCGUGAGCAGCAAGCUACGAGGGAAGAAAGGAGACAAGCCAGAGAGGCGAAGCAAGCAGAAAAGCUGGCUAAAGAAAAUGCUGCGGUAAGUAACCAGUCAGAUAAUAAAAGCAGCAGCAGCAGCAGCAAAACAAGCACACUGCAGAAAUCUACAACUCAAGAAGGGGAGAAGAAGAUUGAGACUGCUGUGUCAAGACUAGAAAGAAGGGAGCAGCUAAAAAAGUCGAACACCCUUCCAACUUCUGUGACAGUGGAAAUUUCAGAUUCUGUCCCAUCAACCCCACUGGCAAAGGAGGUGGCCAAGAGAUUCUCUACGCCCGAUGCUAACCCUGUGUCAACGGAACCAGCCUGGCUUGCGUUAGCCAAGAGGAAAGCAAAAGCCUGGAGUGACUGUCCGCAGAUCAUAAAGUAAACUGUAAAAUUACAUCUCCAUAUUGCUAUUAAUUGCUUUCUUUUUAUUUAUUCAGCUUUUUACAUGACAAAACUGAAAAUGCAUGUACUGAAGGACUGAAAACUGAACUGAUUACCAUUUUGCUCUAGCUCACUGUAAAGUCUACUCAAAUCAUAUACUCCAUUGCUUCGACAAAUAGCUAAAUGAGGUCUUGGCAAAAAUUUCAGAGCCAGACUCUCCCAAAAAUUUAAGAAUGCUCAGAUACUGGAUGUAAAUUUUAGUGAGCAUCAUAAAAAGGACCAGAACUUUAGUUCAGAAGCUCCUUAAGUUCUGUGAGUAUUCGGUUCUGGAAUUUUAGAUCUCUACACUUAAGUGGAGAUCUCAGAAAUUAUUUUUCAACAUUCCAUUGUUGAAAAUGAAGGCAAGAUGCAUGUUCCCUUGUCUUAUUCCUAAAUUUUUUUAAGUGUUAAACUGUAUGAACUGCCAGUUCUACCUGUUAUUUGAAAGCUUCUUCCCCAAUGAAGUCUUUCGGGAGAGAUCUUUCCACCUGCAAAUGAUAAGUAGAAAGACUGUACCAUCCAAAUGCUGAGGUAAUUUCUUUCAUCAUAGGAUUAACACACUAUGUCUAUGUUCCCUCGCUCCAAGGAAGAAAACAGUUCAUCUUGCUUAACAAAAAAAGUUGUUUAAACAGAAGUCAGAAAGUCUUCAGAAAGAAGCCAGGGAGUCAGUGUUUCUUCAAGUCAUUCAAGUGCAUCACUCUUUGGGCUUGGCCAUAUUCAAGAUGCUUGGAGACAGUGAUUGCAGAUUACAACUUUAAAUCAGUCAACUGGACCUAAAAUAAGCAAAACUAUUUCUGUGCUCAUGUAGCUGUAGAAUUAGUCUCAGUAAGUUCCCACAGAAAUAAGACUUGCAGAACUGAAGUUAACUGAGAACUGAAAGCUAAGUCAGUGAGAGUCUCAAGAGUUUUAACUCUGCACUCUUCAUGACUUUACUCCGCGUGCAACUUCAGGUAGUUCAGAUAACUUCCUGUACUUUGACCAGUGCAGCCAGAACACUUCAGAAAGAAGUUUACUCACCCCAUCUCAGGUAUCUGCUGUGGCAAUUGAACACUUUAUUACUUCUUGUAACUAAAAUAGAAAUGUUCACCCCCUCCCUCUUACAAAAAGGAUAAAGUCCAUAACGUAAUAAAAUUUUUACUGUCCUCAACACCCCACAGAAAUAGCUAGGUCUACAUUUUAAAAAGUCACCCUAGUAAAUAAACCUGUAACACACUCAAGCUUGUCUUACAAGGAAGUCUGUAACAAAUCUGAAUGUCUCCUCCUUAUAACCAUAAGGCUCAAAGGAACCUUUAAGCCUACACCAUCAUAAAGGGAGACAUUUUCAUGAGAAGACACUGCAUCAUUAUAGAAUAAUACCACAUAUGGUUCAUGGAAGUAUUUUAGCCAAACUGCUGUAUGCAGCAUGAGUAGCAGCACUUUAAAUUAUGCAGAAAACAGAAUGAAACCCGCCAUAUCCUCCCGUUGCAAGAAUCAAAAAGGGCCUGUCAGUAAAAGCCAUUAUUUGAAUACACCAUUUCCCACCAAACAGAAAACAGCGGUUCUGUAUCAUGGUUACAGUAGCACAAACACAACAGACAUGUUAGAUUGAAUAAAUGUGCAGCAGCAAGAUGGGUUUCUUGGGUCUCUUAAGCCAUCAGUUUUGUAUUUAAAUCCAGAAUCUCUAAAGUAACUUUUUACCCUUAAUAUAAGUAUGUAAAAUGGUUUCUACAGAGAUGGGGCAAUGAUGCUCUCAAAUGCUUGGGGGGUGGGGUGGGGGGUGGGGAAACAACAAUCCAAAACCAAAAACACCCACUUAACAAACACCUUCAAAGACAAAUCUCUGUGAGCUUAUCUGAAGAAUUGGGCCCAUAAUUAUUUUUGCUCUGCUAGCACCAUGAAUUAGUGCUUCUUAAGUUAAAUUUGCACUUUUUCUGAGUUUAUAAGCCUGCAGUAUGUAUUUGUAAUUACAAGAACUAAACUGCCUGAAAUCCAGCUUUAUGAUUAUUUCCUGGGAGAAGGAGCCAGGCAGAAAUACAGAGAAGGUGAAGUAAAUCGGGAUUAAAGAAUUGAAGAUAGUGGUAUUCUGAAAAGCAUAGCAAAAUUAGGUGCUAUUGUGCAUGACAUAAGGAUGCAAUUUUCCAAUACAGUACAUUUAUAGCACAUAGAAUAGAGCUUUCAUUAAGGAUUGUCUUAAUCUAAAGCUUCAAAGCAGAGGUUUUUUUUCAACCAUAAAGGUAUCUAGUGUAAUAAUGGAAACUGUAUUAUGUACAGUAUUUGGUGGAAACAUUUCUAAAGUGUACAUGUUCAACAGUGACAUUUCAUGUUAAAUUAACAAAAAUUUGCACUAAAUACCAAUGAAGUGUGACUUUGCUUUAGCUUUGUUGCAACCAUUUCUGAUAGUGUUGGAAAUGUGUAAAAAUAGAACCAAAACAUUACUACCGAGUUUAAAUCAGCAAAAAUGUUUUGAGAACCGAACAAACCACUAUGUAGUAUAUUGUCUCAAUUUUUUGUAACUUAUACACACAAAAUACCAUUUCUUCUGACAAGGUUAUAUACGAUUAACCUCUAUGUUCAUAUAGUAAUGUAUAAAAGCUGUAAGAUGUAUAAUUGUGGGGUAUUUGUUGUGUACUUUUUUAAUUUUUCAAAUGUUUUAAAGUGCAAUUGUUUAUUAUACUAAUGUCAUUUUAAUUCUUAUUAAACUAUAACCCAGUCAAAAUUAUCUAACCAA